GCCGAGGUCAAACUUGCCCUCCCUUCCUUUGUCAACUCUUCGUUCGCUCUUUAGCAGCCCCGUUUCCUUUCCUUUUCCUUUUCCUUUUCCCUUGUUGCCAGUUGCUGUUACUGGUGUGUAACCAGAGUCUGCGGAAGCCAAGUCAGCUUGAACCUCCCUUCAACGGCGGGAGAGACGCAAUGGUUUCCAAGUAUAAGGACAAGGACGCCGGCGUCGUGGUCUCGUUCAACGGCCAAUGGGUUAGUUGGGCGCACACCAUCGUUGCCUACGCCGCUUUCCUAGGUGCCCUCGUUGUCGGCGUCUCCCUCCACUACCACAAGAUCGUCCAAAAUGAAUUCUACGGAUACCCCGAUGAGUGGUUCCCAUCAGUGUCCGCGACGAUUGGCGACCGGUACCCCGAGCGAUCUGUUUUCAUGGUCUUGAUUGCAAUCACCUCCGGUCCGAGGUUUGCCCUGGUUGGACUGUGGUAUCUGCUUACAGCGCGACCUGGGCGCACACUCCCGAAAGUGAUCGCCUUCUUCGGUGUUUUCAGGACACUUACAUGCGGAGGGUGGACAUACAUCACGUCGACCGAUGACCACGACUGGCACGACAUUUUCAUGAUCUCGUACCUCGUCGCCACCAUCCCCUGGACAUUUGGCUGUCUCGCGUUGAGCCCCCCCAACCCGAGAGCGAUCAAGCUGCGGAAAUACCUUGCUGGAGCCUUCUAUGGCUCUCUCGUGCCCUUGAUCUACUUCUUCAUCCAGCACAAGGUGCACAGAGUCGCAGGAGCUUAUACCACCUAUGCAUUCUUCGAAUGGUCCCUCAUCCUCUUCGACGUUGGCUUCGACGCAGUGACGGCUUUGGACUUUAACACUUUCGAGCUGGUGGUCAAGGAUGUCAAGGGAACGAGCAAGGGUGUCAACACGUCGUCUGUCCCGACUGCCGUACUGGAGAAGGAAAAGGAGAAGGCAACAGGGGGCGUGUUUGCUGCCAACUUUGCUAUGGGCGAGGCGCUGGACAUCGCUGCCGAUGUCUAUCAUGGAUUCGUCUUCUGGUCCAUGCUGACCAGUCUGGGAGUCACCAUCUGGUACUUCCCGCUCUGGCAUAUGGGCAUUUCUGGAUACGAAGCCCUCGUCAUGUCCACCAUUUCUCCUGCACUACUCAGCAUUAAGCCGCUGCGGUCUCUGAUCGUCAGGAAUCUCCGGAUCGCCCACCUUCUCUCCCUUUCCGCGCUGGUGGCAUACCUGGUUAGGGACCCGUUAUACCGCCUGUUCACAGUUGGUUUUGGUGUCAUGAUGGGGUGCCUUGCCUGGGCUGCGACCUUUUAUUCCGAGUCCGUCCACGGGCCUCGACUUGAAUCGCGGAUUCUGGCAUGGACGGUGGGCCUCCUCAUGUCGGCGGUUGUCAAGUUCGCUUGGCAUACAAACAACCCUAUCUGGCCAAUUAUGCAUGCGGCAAACGGUGGUUACAACGGCACCGGCCUUGCCCUCGCUGUAUUGGCUGCGUUGAGAUUUACGCGCAGGGCACCCCUCCAGAGUGGUGAUGCGCCCGAGACCAAGAGCGGCUCUUCUUUGCUGUCUGCAGUCAGCAUUGGCGGCCUCUUCUUCGGCCUACACUCCCUCCUUUCUGACACCAGUACCAUGAUCCUUUGGGUGUGGGAUGGAUAUCCGAUUCGCGGCCCCGUCUCAAACGUCCAUGCUUGGUAUACCAUCGCUGCGAUGACUGCCGGACUCCUCCUGGGUCUCCUCAAGCCAAAUCUCAUCACUAGUUGGACUGCAUAUGGUGUUGCCUGCCUUGGCGCCACCCUGCUCACCCUAUACAGCCGAUGGUUCGGCUACCUUGGGGCCUUGAUCACAGCCGCUUACCUGAUGGGCAUCUCAGUCCCGUUGGUCGCCAACGCUUCCAAGAAGAGUCCUGCUCUGACAUUCGGCCUGGGCUUCUUCAUCUACAACCUGCUGGUUCUUUUCCAUGUCUGGGUGGUCGCCUACGCUUUCGUCCCCGGCGGCCCUCUUGUUCGCGAACACACGGACUGGGUCAUGAUUACCAUGAUGCUCUUCAUUGGCGCGGGCGUGUUUAACCUGACGUCCCGCAGCAGCGGCAAGAAGUCCAGUCGCCGCCGGCCGACGUCUUCCCCGCACCGAAAGUACCAUUUCGGCACUCUCGGCGUCCUCAAUGUCUUCUUCCUCUCCGCCGCCUUCAUCCGCUUCCCCACCAACGACUACAAGCCGUACCACGCCGAGGAUCGCCUCAUCACCGCGGGUAUCUGGACCAUCCACUUCUCACUCGACAACGACAUGUGGAGCUCCGAAUACCGGAUGCGUGACCUCAUCAAGGAGCUCGAGGUCGACGUGAUCGGCCUCUUGGAGAGCGACCUGCAGCGCAUCAUCAUGGGCAACCGGGACACGACGCAGUUCCUCGCCGAGGACCUUGGCAUGUACGUCGACUACGGGCCGGGCCCGAACAAGCACACGUGGGGUGCCGCGCUGCUGUCCAAAUUCCCCAUCCUCAACUCGACUCACCACCUUCUACCUAGCCCCGUGGGCGAGCUGGCACCCGCCAUCCACGCGACGCUCGACGUCUACGGCAGCCUGGUGGACGUCUUCGUCUUCCACUCGGGCCAGGAGGAGGACCCCGAGGACCGCCGGCUCCAGAGCGAGUACCUCGCCAAGCUGAUGGGGAGCAGCACCCGGCCGAGCAUCCUGCUCAGCUACCUUGUCACGCGGCCGCUCGAGGGCAACUACAACACGUACUCGUCGGCCACGUCGGGCAUGCACGACGUCGACCCGUCCGACUGGGACCGCUGGUGCGAGUACAUCCUCUUCAAGGGCCUGCGGCGCACGGGCUACGCGCGCGUCAGCAGGAGCACAAUCACCGACACGGAGCUCCAGGUCGCAAAGUUCGUCGUGCCCGCCACCGAGGAGGACGGCGCCGCCGCGUGGGCCGCCGACGCCGACGCCCGCAAUAGGAGGGUCGGCGAGCCGGAGGUGCCGCCUGGUUGGAGGUUCCCGGCCAUGUUCAGGGGAGAGGGCGUCAGGGGGCAUCGGUAUCAUGUCUUUGAUGAGCCGAGGUAUUAUAAUUACUGAGGUGGGAGGGUAACGUCUACGGUGGGGGGAGGGGUGAUUGGGGUGCGCCGGAUUGGAACCGGUUCUUAGUGUGACGGUGGGUAAUGUGGUACGAGGGAUGGAUGUGAAACUGUUUCCCUUUGUUUCUUGGCCCUCUCCCGCUGAUCCCGGGGUUGGCGGACGGUUUCCUUAUGUAUAUGUACGAUGCCCUUGGGCCGGUGCGUAAUCACGAAACUGCGACGAGCAUAAUAUACCUGACCCAUCAUUAUUCGUAUGUCCAACCUGCCUUGCGAUCAGG